AUGUCUCCUGAACCCAAAUCCCCGGGGAGGAAAUCCGUCAGGCCAGGGGUGGUGUCCAACCUCAUUCUGAAGGCCAUCUCCUCCUACGGGGAUUCAGGAGGCAUGACCCUAGUGGGCCUCAAGAAGGUUCUUAAAGCCAACGGCUACAACGUGGCGCACAGCAAAAGCGAGAUCCGCCUGGUGCUGCGCAAGCUAGUGGCCGGAAAGCACAUUGUGCAUGCGAGGGGGGCGGGUGGACGAGGAGUCUUCCGGAUCAAUCGCUACAGGAGGAGAAGCGAGGAGGAGAAGGCGAGCUGGAAGGAGACGGAGACGACGAUACGGGAGGAGGAGAAGGAGAAGGGGCACACGCAGGAGGAGACGCAGAAGGCCCACCUACAGGAGAAGGAGGAGGAGAACAUCAAUCCGGAGGCGAAGGAGAAGAAUGUCAGUCAGGAGAAGGAGGAGGCUUUCUAUGAGGAGAAGGAGGAGACGGAGGACAUCAGGGAGGAGGAGAAGGAGGACCUCCAUAAGGAGGGGCAGGAGACGGAGGAGACUGAGGCUGUCUGUGCGGAGGAGGAGGAGAAGGAGGAGGAGGAUAUCCGUGAGAAGGAGGUCAGUAAGAAGGAGGAGAAGGGCCCCGCGGAGAACCAGGAGGAGGACCCAACGCAGGUCCGUCAGGAGGGGCCGCAGGAGAAGGAAGAUGUGUGA